CCUUCAACCACGUCCUCCAGCAACUCGCAGCCAAAUAUGGCAUCGUUUCAACGCAAACGCUUAAACAGCUCAUCCAACGGAUGUACAGCCAACAAGAUCAAGUCACUACGUGCUGAUGGGAGCAGCAGAGUUCAGGUCGGAAACACCUACACUGAGGUUCACAACUACGAAGGACGACACGCCGACGACGAAUGUCUUCGAGAUCUACGAACGACCGACCCACGCAUCGACAAGACACGCAUCGAAAAAGGCAAAGGAGGGUUAAUGCAGGGCUCGUACCGCUGGGUUCUCGAGGACUCCAAGUUCCAGCAAUGGGCCCAGGAAACAGAGGGUUGUCUUCUUUGGGUCAAGGGCGACCCGGGAAAGGGCAAAACCAUGCUCCUUUGUGGUCUCGUCGACGAGUUGACGAAAUCUCAACAUGCCCUAUCCUACUUCUUCUGCCAAGCUACCGACUCCAGAAUCAAUAACGCAACAUCGGUCCUGCGAGGCCUUAUCUACCUCCUUGUGGAUCAGGAGCCAUCUCUGAAGCGACACAUACGGACCAAAUGGAAUCAUGGAGGCAAGUCUAUUUUUGACCCUCCAAAUGGAUGGCAUGUCCUAUGCAAUAUGUUGAAUGACAUACUUCGUGACCAUUCCGAACCAACUUGUCUUGUCAUCGAUGCACUUGACGAGUGCGAGGGCAGUUCUCUGUCUUCACUUCUCAACUUGAUUGUCUCCACGGCAUCCGAAUUCCCUCAUGUCAGGUGGCUUGUCUCCAGCCGCAACCUACCCAAUAUCGAGCGUGGAUUGGGAGGUGCGAAUCCGAGCUGGAGGCUUGACAUCAGUCUCGAAGCCAACGCUGGGCCCGUGUCCAGAGCUGUUGCUGAUUAUAUUGGCCAUAAAGUCAGCAACCUUGCGAAUUUGCAUUCCGAGACAGAGUUGCGUAAGGAACUUCAGGAGACUAUGCAAGACAAAGCCAAUGGUACAUUCCUUUGGGCAGCUCUCAGGAUCUUAGCAACGAUGUUUCUUGCAUACCGACCACUCCGACUCCAGGAAUUGGCUUUGCUUGCGGACCUCAGGGGCAACUUUGCCAAGCAUGAUACGCUUGUGAGACUUGUCAGGCGAUGCGGAUCUUUCCUGAGUAUCCAACAAGGCACAGAGACGGUCCACUUUGUUCAUCAAUCAGCCAAAGACUUUCUCAGAGACAACAAGGAUGUCCUUGAUGGAAUGUUUCCCUCUGGUAUGGGAGACGGCCACCACCAACUGUUUUCUCGUUCAGUUAAGGUCAUGGAUGCUAAGCUACGUCAGAACAUCUAUGGCCUGCGCAAUCCAGGAGUUUUGACCAGCGAAAUCGAGAUCCCAGUACCGGACCCUCUUGCUGCGAUGCGAUACUCAUGUGUUCGCUGGCUUGACCAUUUCUGCGAAUUGGUUUCUUUGAAACAAAUUGAGGACCAAGAUGGUGGAAAAGAAGUCGCUACAUUUCUGCAGAGAAAGUAUCUCUACUGGCUCGAAGCCCUUGGUCUCUGUGGAAGUCUCACCGAAGGAAUUCUUUCCAUCAGAAAGCUUGAGGCUCUUGCCACACGCAAUCAGUGGGGUUCUCUAGCAACUCUGGUUCAUGAUGCUCAUCGAUUCGUCCUCACCAACAAACGGGGAAUAGAAAUAGCCCCAUUGCAGGUUUACGUUUCAGCGCUCAUCUUCUGUCCAACUUCCAGCUGGAUCCGGGAGAAGUUCAAGGAAUUGAUACCAGAAUGGAUCAAGAAAGGACCGAAAAUACAACCUGAAUGGGAUGCAUGCCUGCUGACUCUUGAGGGUCAUGCGGACGGAGUUCACCGCUUAGCGUUUUCUCCAGAUAGCAGGAUCAUCGCGUCUGGUGACCGGGAUGGGAUAAUCAAAAUAUGGGAUGCCCACACGGGGGCAUGCUUAAAUACCAUUUGGGGUGAUAACGCGCAGAUUCUUCCUUCCACGCCCAUUGCAGUUUCACCGGACGGCCAGACCAUCAUCACACAGGUAGAGCAUGACGGUUGUUGCCGAAUUCGGGGUUGGAGCAAUCCAGAAACAGCUCGUUUCACAUUGGAUGCUUUGUUUCCAGAUAAGUACUAUCGGGUGGCGAUCUCCUCGGACAGCACAAAGCUGGUAGGAUGUCGAGAAGAACCGAGGUAUGGUCCUCUGCGCAUCGAAGUUUGGGACUUGACCAAAGGGACCUGCAUCACCUCGCUCAGCAAUCCCAAUAUUUCCGACGAAGACGUCCUUGCUUUUUCGCCAGAUGGAAUGGUGGUAGCUUUUGUAGGUAUGCAAGGCACGGUCAGCCUAUGGCAUACAAUAACAGACACAGUGGAGGUGUUCAGCGGUCAUCACACUGAUAUUUCCAUACUAGCCAUCUCCCCAGACGGGAGGCUACUCGCAUCAGGAUGCGAAGACAAGACAAUCAAGAUCUGGGACCCGACUGUCAGAGCUUCAUUGAGCUCUGACCCAGAUACAGGGUGGGGGCCGGGAGACUGGCUUCUGUCGCCGAAUGGCUUGUGGGUUGCUUCCUUGACAAACAACGUCAUUAGAAUGUGGAGCUCACUGACGGACGACGAAUGGGUCACAGUCCAAGGGCGACCGGUGCUUUGGAUUCCUCCUCAGUACCGGCCUCGCUUCAAGCACCAUGACUGGUAUGGUCCGGUUGAUGAAAGGGCGGUGGAUUGUAACAAGUCGGGGAUUGCUAUGAUGGACAACAGCAACCGUGUGACUUAUGUUCAGUUCGACGUCCCCGAGAUAGUUCUCAAGUUUUAG